GAGAGCUGCACACGGAGGGAAUAUUGUGCUGCUGAGUAACUGCCUCUUUUGUUUCAGACCUUCCCACCCUGAGUUUAGUGGAACCUUUCCCCUGCUAUAUAGCACUGGGUGUACCUGGUGCUUUGUUCACUUCUUUUUUUAUGAUCCAAGUAUUGUGAUUGGUGACCUUGGCUUAUUCUUUAGGUUAUUCUAGACCGGCAGGUAAGAAAAUAUGGAAGGGCUGAAUCCACGCAGUGUCCUCGUGACGGGAUGUAAUCGGGGCAUCGGCUUGGAGAUGAUCAAACAGCUGGCUGAGAAAAGCAACCCACCACAAUGGAUCUUUGCAACCUGCCGGGAUCCAGAGGGACCACGUACUCAGGAUUUGAGGAAUCUGGCUGCUCAACACCAGGAAAUUGUGAUCAUCCCACUGAACAUUACCGAUCCAUCCAGUAUCAAGUCAGCUGUAACCAUGGUCACAGAGCGGUUGAGUGGAACUGGGUUGCAUCUGCUGAUCAACAAUGCAGCCGUUGGCUCAACUGAUUCCAAGCUGGAAUUUCAAACGCCUGAAGAAAUGGCUGAGGUCUACAAAACCAACGUCAUUGGGCCCAUGAUGAUUAGCCAGGCAUUCCUGCCUUUGCUGAGAAAGGCAUCUCAGGAAAGUCCUAAGAAAGGGAUGAGCUGCAGCAAGGCCUCCAUUGUCAACAUGUCCAGUCAAGCAGGUUCCAUCACAGAUGUUUACCUGUGGAAAUACGGACAGGUUCUUCCUUACCGUUGCAGCAAGGCCGCUCUGAAUAUGCUGACACGGUGCCAAUCGUUGGCAUGUAGCGAGGAUGAGAUUCUCUGUGUCACAUUGCAUCCGGGAUGGGUGAUCACCGACAUGGGAGGCAGUAUGGCUGAAAUGACAGCGGAGUCAAGUGUAGCAGCUAUCCUAAACCUUCUGGCUCAUCUUUCUGAAAAGGACUCUGGCACUUUUCUGAACUGGGAAGGAAAAGUCCUUCCAUGGUGAACAACCGAACAGUCUUCUUGUUUGAGGAAUUGGACAAUCCUGUUAUUCAGGGCAAUGUAAAUAUUUAUCUUGCGUUAUUUGUUAAUUACAUGAACUUUUGUCCCCAAAUUGUCCUGGCUGGUUCUUCUUCUUUUUAGCUGCCCUGGUUGCUAAAUUCAUGAGACUGGAAACAUCUCACUUGUUUAAUAUUUUCAACCCAAAUGGCGGAAGGCUUUGAGGCACUUAUCAAUUGACUCUUUCAGGAAUUAAUCCAGAUUGCAAAAAAAAAAAAA